AUGGCCAGCAACCCCUACGAAGUCGAGCACAACAUCAAGGCGCCGGCGCGCCCGCCGCACCGGCGACGGCCCGACAUGGCGACUUUCACGUCGCACCUGCACCAGAUCUCGCGGGACCCGCCCGCGGCGGCGGCGAGCGACCAGCGGCGGCGGGAGCCCGCGGGGCCGACGCCGGUCGACGCGGCGGCGCUGUUCCGGCUGGUGCAGGACCAGUUCGCGACGCUGGCGGCGGACGCGCCGACGGCGGAGAACCGGCGGUUCCUGGAGUCGCUGAUCGGCGCGCUCGAGGCGGACGUGGGCGCGCCGCCGGACGCGAUCCGCGGCGUCGGCCAGGCGUACCUCGACGAGCUCGAGCGCGUGCCCCGCCGCGCGCUCGAGCGCGCCGCCGCCGCCGACGACGCCUGCCCCAUCUGCGCCGAGCGCUUCCUCGACGACCCCUACCCCCUCGUCGUCGAGCUGCCCUGCCACGGCGCCCACCGCUUCGACCUCGAGUGCGUCGGCCCCUGGCUCCAGAGCAAGGGCACCUGCCCCAUGUGCCGCGCCGACCUCACCAAGAAGAAGACCGUCGAGGUCCCGAAACCGGCCGAUGACGACGACGAGGACUUCGACGACGUGGACGGGCUGUACGGCUGA